AUGACAACGUCACCGCCGCUUCCCAGUCAUCUCGUGGUCGUCUGCGGCCACGGCAUCUGGCGCGGCGGACCGGCGCGCGGCCAUGACGAGGCCGAGUGGCUGAUUGAGAGCUACAAGGCCGGCGAGACGCCAACGUUCAUCGAGCACAUCAAAGCUGGCAUCCAGGCGCUGGCGGACGACGAGCGUGCCGUUGUGGCCUUUUCGGGCGGUCCCACACGCAAAGAGACGCCGCUGUCUGAAGCCCGCAGCUAUGCCAAUCUAGCAGCCGCCAACGACUACUUUGGACUGCUGCCAGACGCUGGUGACGCACAACAACAGAAACAAGAGGGCGCGCAUCCGCUCUCGCCGAUUCCGCUCCACCGGCGCAUUCUGGUCGAAGAACAAGCCCUCGACUCGUACUACAACAUCCUCUUCAGCCUCGUUGCCUUUUGGAGACACGUCCACGAGCUGGCCGCCUCUACCGCGGCUGCUUCGUCUCCUCUGCCAGCCUCGUCGGCCUGGCCAGCCCGGCUCACGAUUGUCAGCCAUGCUUUCAAACUGUCUCGCCUAGUCGACUGCCACUGCGGGCCCGACGCCAUUGGGUUCCUCCCAAUCGAGACCCGUGUAGCGUUUAUUGGCAUCAACCCGCCGAACCUACCGGCCGAGUUUGGCAACGCACACACAAAGGACAACAAAAGUAGCAACGACAGUAGCGAUAGCAGCGACACCAACAGCAAGGCGUCGGUGUCCCAAGACAAGCAAAAGGCCAUGGCGGGCGCGCACACCGUCGUCGACCACUGGACCGAGGAUCCACACGGCGUCGGCGACCUUCUCGCCGGCAAGCGACGGGCACGCAACCCGUGGAAGAUCAGCCAGCUGUUGUUUGUGGACGACGAGGAACGGCAGCGCAGCAGACUGCGGACACGGAUGGUGGGCAUCGAUAUGGAGGCCCUGGACGAUGACGGCCCGCGGCCGUGGAACAGCUGA